GGUUUAAACCUCAACUACGAAAUUCUAAUCUAGCGACAUUUCACAUGUCUUCUUCUUCCCUUUAUCGCCGGCUUUACGGCAUCUUUACGGAGAAUCAAAAAGUAACCAUCAAGCUUAAAACUGACAAGCCCAAAACAACCUUCUUAAAAUCCACCAAGCUCACACCUAAACUUACCGAAAAACAAGAACUCCAAACUAUAAUUAACAACUUCAAAAAAUCGUCGGAAUCCCCUCAAUUCCGACGCCAUAACUCCAACUAUCAAACCGCCAUUCGCCGCCUUGACAAUAAUUCUUCCGCUAUCGAAGACAUUCUUGAGCACCAAAAACAAUACCCAGAAAUUAACAAUGAGUUAUUUGUCUCCCGCCUCAUACUCUUAUACGGCCAAGCAAAAAUGUAUGAACAUGCCCGUAAAUUGUUCGACGAAAUGCCAAACUUAAAAUGUCAACGAACUGUUUACGCUUUCAAUGCCCUUUUAGAAGCCUGCGUUAGGGCAGAAAAGUACGACACUGUGAGAGAGUUGUUUCAGGAAUUACCUGAGGAGUUAUCGAUUGAGCGUGAUGUAGUGUCCUAUAAUACCUUGAUUAAGGCAUUAUGUAAAGCUGGUUCUUUGGAUUCUGCUGUCAGUGUAAUGGAGGAGAUGGAAAAUCAGGGGAUUAAACCUGAUAAAGUGACUUUCAAUACGCUUUUGAACGCGUAUCAUGAUUGUAAAAAAUUUUCUGAAGCAGAGGAUUUGUGGGUAGUGAUGCAAAAGAAAAACAUUGUUGCUGACUUGUGGAGUUACAACAUCAGAUUACGAGGUUUAGUUGCGAAUAACCAGGUUAACAAGGCGAUUGAGUUGUUUGAGGAGAUGGGGAAGAAAGACAUCAUCCCGAAUGCUUUGAGUUAUAACACGAUGAUCAAAAUGUUUGUGGAUGAUAGGAACUUGGAGGAGGCAAAAAGAUGGUAUGAGAAAAUGGUGGAAAACGAGCGUUAUCCGGAUAAUGCAACAUUUGGGAUGCUCAUUCAUUUUGCUUGUGACAAGGUUAAUCUUGAUUUUGCACUUGACUUGUGUAAGAAAGCUAUGAAUUCAAAAGUUAGUGUUCAUAAUGCAACAAUGCAGAGGGUAGUUGAUGACAUGGCGGAGCAUUCGAAGCUUGAAGAUGCAAAGGAGCUGGUGGACUUGGCCAAAUCAUAUAAGCGAUUCCGGUACGUUGAAGAUGAAAUUGGGAGCAAAAUAGAGAUUUUAUGUGUAUUUUAUGCACUACAAAAAUGGUUCAUGAUUAUUUCCAUGCAAUUGAAGACAAAAGAAAACAAAUAAAAAUUAAGAGAGGCAGUUGGACAAAGCUUGGAAUUGUGCAUCAAGCUUUGAUUAUUUGAAAUUAGACAAAGCAGCACAUGAAAUAAGCCUUAUGUGGAAGAGUAAAAAGUUUCAGUUCACAAGGCUUUGCCUAACUCGAGAAUGUGUGACGCAUUACAGCGCGAGGCGGCUAGACUUCCUCGCGUUUGAGCUCGCGACGCGAGGGUUGCAGUGAGAUGGUUCACCUUGCGUUUUGCCUCGCAACGCGCAUGUCAUGGGCGGCUUUCCAGCCAUGCCCCAUGUCCCCUUGGGCGCGUCCCGUGGCAUCCUAGCAAGCCUCUCAAUGCCUAGCGUCACGGACGGCCUCGUGGUCUUGGCCGCGCCAAGUGACAAGCGUGCAUGUGUCUCUGUCGUCCCACCGAUAUCCCUCGCCAGCGCCCCGCCGCAGGCAGAUGCCAAUAGCGUCGCGCGCGCAGACCGUGAUGUCAAA